UGCUUUGUGACGUCGAUCAAUCCGUCCUCUUCUCAUUAUCAUCACAGAACUUGACUUUUCGUCUUUUGGCACGCGAAAUUCUCCCAUUUUCCGUCUAAUUUUCCUGAGUUAUUUUGCUACAAUCGUAGUUGUUAUACGAGCAAACUGAGGGCAAACUGCUCGCCCUUUUGAUAACGUUAGGGUCGGACGCGAAGCAACAUAACUGCUUAUUGGUCGCUAAACUCGAAUUCCGCAGAAAAAAGUAAACAGGAGCAGUCGCAGGAGCGCGAACAAUUUUGCGGGUGUCGCUUGCGUGCGGUGGCUGUACGUGGUUCGAAGCGUUCGCGAUUCCCGGCAGCGGCAAAUGGGUAACGCAGGGAGCACCAAUGUGCCCCGCGAGCGGCACAAAUCUAGCUCGAGCGACAUCAUUCCCGGUUCGCCCGCCAAGGACGGCCAGGCCUUCAUUUUCGAGAAAAAGCCAGACGCGCGCUUAAUGCUGCAGGGAUCGCAGGAGGACGAGGGACCAUACUACACCAAACCCGCGACCCAAGCCCAGGACUCCGCCAACUCGACCCCAUUGGCCCGACAUCGCUCCAGUACUCUAUCGGAAGGCAUGGUGCCAGCAUCGGACACGGAUGUGAAUAAAAAACCCGCGUUGCCGACCGUGUUCAAGUGGGACGGCGGCGGCCAGCAGGUGUUCAUCAGCGGCACGUUCUCUAAUUGGAAACCACUCCCGAUGGUCAAGAGCCACGGAGACUUCGUGACCAUCAUUGACUUGCCCGAGGGCGAUCACGAGUACAAAUUCUGCGUAGACGGGAACUGGAAACACGACCCGAAAUUGAAAAACAUCGAAAACGACGUCGGAACGAAGAACAAUUUGGUAUCCGUCCGCCAGUCGGACUUCGAAGUGUUCCAGGCGUUGGCCAAAGACAGCGAGGACGCCGCAAAUCAGGGCCAAAAGGAGUAUUCGCAGGAGAUCCCGCAGAUAAAGCCGUGGGAGAAAGUGUCCGGGCCGCCGGUGCUCCCCCCACACCUGUUGCAAGUGAUCUUGAACAAGGACACGCCGUUGUCAUGUGAACCGACACUCUUGCCCGAGCCAAAUCAUGUAAUGUUGAAUCAUCUUUAUGCCCUUUCAAUUAAAGAUGGCGUAAUGGUUUUGAGUGCAACCCAUCGCUACAGGAAAAAGUAUGUCACCACAUUAUUGUACAAACCAAUUUAGGUCACGGGUAAUAUACACGAUUGGACAACGCCAAAACUACGUUUAAUUGGUGAAUAGGCUACGACUGUCUUCAAUGGCUUGCCCACUUCGAGCCCAAGAUACAGAAAUGCUAUUAUUGUUGUUUUGCUAGUUUCAUAGGCGUACUAUUAUUAUUAAUAUAGCGAUUUGUAAUUUAACGAAAAAGAUAUAAAAAUUUUAUUCUAAUAA